AUGCGGGUCCCUAUGCCCGACCGACCUCCGCCUCAGGUUGAAAAGUUUGAUGGCACGACGAAUCCAGAUCAUCAUUUGCGGAACUUCAUUGAUUGUACAGCCUUUUACACUCAAAGUGACCCGGUAAAAUGUCGGGCGUUCUCCCUAUCACUGAGGGGUGAAGCCCUAGAGUGGUAUUACACCCUUCCACCCAAUUCGGUGGACAGUUUCUGCAUGCUGAUGGGCAUGUUCAAAAAGCAAUACUCCACCAACCGGUACGAGGAGGUUACUGCGGCCGAGCUAGUCAAUCUCAGACAGGGGAAAGACGAAACUCUCAGAGCCUUCAUGCAUCGAUACAAUCACGCCGCUCGGAAGAUAAAAGGUGUCAGUCCCGAAUUCAUCAUUAGCAGUCUACCCAAUUGCCUAAAAGCGGGAUUCGUCUCUGAAAGCUUAUACGCUGAGUUACCCAGUACGUUGGAGGAGUUGCAGCAAAAAAUGGCCAAAUUUAUCAAAAUGGAAGAUCAAAGGAUCUUUCGGAAACAACAACACGAGGAGCAUCCGGUAAGUGGUAACAAGAAGGAGGGGAAGCGUCGGGUUGAAAAUGCCCGGGAUCAGAAACCACCGGCGAUUCUAAACCCUAGAUACGACCGCUAUGCGCACCUUACUGUCCCUAGAGAAAAGGUGUUGGAGAAGGCUCUACAGUCCAACCUGAUCUUUCAAAGAAGAAAAUUUCCACCUAAAAACGUGGCGACGUAG